AUGGACGACAUAAAUACUUUCUUGACCCUCACUCCCAGAGACGAACUUGGUCUCGCUGCUGAUGCAUUCCGUCUGCCCCAUAACAGUUCUCGAUAUGAGAGACCCGUCGCACUCCUAGAUGACGGUCCGAGCCGUGAGACAACGCCUCAAGCACCGGAAGACGAGGGCGCUCCUGUGGAUCUGCUCGAGAACCACCACCGGAUCCGUCUAAGUUUUGACCAGCAAACCAAAGUCAAGGGCCGGGUCACGUUUGGUAGUGACCCCGAGCUUUGUGAUGUCCUGCUUACCUCGAGAAGAGGGCAAUACAGAGUCAGUGGGCAACACUUCUGCAUUACGAUUGACGCCGAACGACGCCCGGUGAUCAAGGAUAUCUCGACGAAUGGCCUCAUUGUCAGCUACGACCGUCAAGGAGAACACGAGCUACGACGACACUUCCAGUGGAUCAUCUUCCCUGAUUUCGAUACAGUAACUGUUAAAAUGAGGAAAAAGAGUGGGCUCGAAUUUGACGUCCAUCUCCCCCGGCAUUACAAGACACACGUGAGGGAAUAUCAAGAGAACGCGACGAGAUACACGGCGGACGCCCCCCCAGAACACCUCGUGGCUUUCAACAAUCUGGCCUUCCACAGUACGGAAACCUCAUUAGCCGCGAGUGAGGACCUUCCGUCUGACAAAAGACCACUGUAUUUACGACUUAGUAUACUGGGAACUGGUGCUUUCGGACGCGUGUGGAGGGUAGUCAAUGCCAGCACCGGGGCUGAAUAUGCCAAGAAGGAAUUUUUUCGCCCUAAAGGUUGGGAGAAGGAGAUUGAAAUCAUGAAAGAGCUCGUCCAUAACCAUAUUGUACAACUGAUCGAUUAUGCGACGAACCCGGAGCCCCUCCUGGUGAUGGAAUACUUACCACUAGGAAAUCUGGAAGCAGGUCAUAAAGGUUCUCCGUUGAGCGACACCGACACGGUGAGCGUCCUCAGGCAAUGCUUGGAGGGUCUCGUCUGCCUGCACGGCCAGAGUAUCACACAUCGAGACCUGAAGCCGGAGAACAUUCUAGUGUUCUCUAGAACUCCAAUCCACGUCAAAUUGGCCGACUUUGGACUCGCUCAGAAUAGACUCGACCUCAAAACCUUCUGUGGUUCUCCAAUGUAUGCGGCUCCGGAAAUUUUUCUCGGCGGACACUACACUAACCGUGUGGAUAUCUGGUCUCUUGCUGUGAUCGCGGUGCAAUACGGCUAUAACCUCCCUUUGUCGGAAAGUCCUGAAAAUCCCGUGGGAAAGAAAACAGACCUCCAUAAGGCCCCCAACAAUGCUAAGGGAAAGGAAAGAGACCUUCGACUAUGGGGCCAAUCCUGGUGCUCAACUCUGAUCAUGUAUGUAGACGACUGGGAUUCGGACCCUCUCAUCGACUUUCUUGGCGACCACAUGGUCAAAUGGGAACCUCAAGAGCGACAGUGUGCGACCAGAUGCUUGGAAAUAGCUUCAGAGAUUGGUCUUUUCGACGAAAUGUCUCCGCAACUUGGAAAUGUCACCCCACGCCUUCAGUCUCGUGGAGGAUUGGAAGAUAUUAAUCCGGAAGAAACAUCGACCAUCAAGGGACCAUUGUGGCACGAUACCAGUGCAUCAGUGAGGAGUGGAGGCGGUGCACAACGGCCGGAAGCCUCUUCAGCCUGUAGUCAUCAGUCUACCGAACAUCGAGAGAACUACGACACCAGGUCUACAAAACGUAGACGGUCCAGCAGUGAUGCUGAGCCAAUUGGUCUCGAUCAAAUACCUCCGAGUUCUGAAUGUGUUAUGCCUAGGGAGUCGUUGUGGGCUAAUAUCGGUACGUCAGUUGAAAAUGAAAUCAACGAAAUGAGCGACUCCAAGAUCGACAGACUCACAUGCCUCGAUGGAGGCACCCGUCCACUGUAG